GAGCAUCUUUCGGUGAUACAGAAUUUCAAUGGCAGAACGCACAAGGGGAUCACAUUGACCGCCAUUGGCAUAGGUAGCGUAUGGUUGUCUCUUUCACUAGGAAGUUCUUGAGGAGAUUAUCCAGAGCGACCGCUCGAUUGAGUGCUGACCGGUCUUCAACUUCAAACUGACGAUUGGUGGACGCACGUUUGGGACCGGCCGCUUGCUGAUCCAAUUGAGUGGUCAAGCUGAUUUAAGGAGUAGAGGGCAGAGACUGCCAUGCAGGGGAUCUGUUGAGCAUUGACAAUGCCUUAUGGAUACAAAGUCCCAUUCCAGAUGAUAUAGCAGCAUUGUGUUCAUAUCCCGCUCGCCUAGGUGGACGCGCUUUAGGUCCACUUUGUAGGUGGUGCGGCGCCGUUUGCUCUCACGUUGCGGAGUGCGAUGGCUUCAGAAACUGAAGCAGCCUCUCCUGACACCGCUGGUGAAGUAAGUGGUUUCUCUGAGGUGGUCUUUGAAAGCACAGAACAAACGCCAACAGUUUCUGAGGAGAGCAAUGAAGAAGCGCCAUCUUCCAAUGCAAUGCUACCACCUGGCGACGUUUUCCGCCCUGAGGACUUGCAACAGAUCCGCUCGGCGCCCUGCCGCAUCCAUGACAUUAUCAUUGAGGGCGCAAAGCGCACCAAACCCCACGUCAUUGAGAGAGAACUGGAGGAGGCGAGAGCUGCGGGGAACUUCACGGAGCUGGCGGAGAGACUGGUGGAAGCGACGGAGCGGCUGAGGGGACUGGACAUCUUUCAGAAGUGUGUGGUUACGUGCGAGGCGGGUCCGAGCGAACUGCCGGGGACAACCAAUGUGGUUGUCUCCGUUGUCGAGAAGGGCCUCUUUGGCGUGCGCGCGGGGACGUACUUCCAGGGGCGGGAGGGCAGCGUCGAGGGCAGCGUCUCCAUGCGCAACGCCUUCGGCUACGCCGAGCAACUAGACGCGAGCAUCCAGCGCAGCCGAGAGAUUUCCAACACGUUCUCGCUCGGCUUGGCGGUCCCGCGCCCCGCGCUGCGUGCGCGCGUUUUCCAGAGCAACAGCAAUUGGCAGGAUCUGAGCAGCUACAUCGAACGGUUGAGGGGGUGCCAGGUCAGCACCGAUGCGGGCGACCACGAGAUCGACUACCAGCUGGCAUGGCGGGAGCUUCGGGAUCCAGCGGGCAAGGCGGGACGGAGCGUGCGGCGACAACUGGGUCACUCGCUCUUAUCGAGCGUGACGCACACGUACCGGCUAGAGAACCGGGACAGCCGAUUGCGGCCGACGCAGGGCUGGGGGCUGCGCGUGACUAGCCAACUGGCGGGACUAGGACUCGAUUCUAAUCUUGUGCGGUUCAUAAAAGAGGAAGUCGAGGGCCACGUGGCCUUCCCCCUGGGCUUCGGCGGCGCCGCGCUCGGCCUUGGCGCGACUGCCGGGUUCCUCCUUCCCCUCGGCUUGGGUGGUGUGAAAAAGCCCACGAGCAUUUCGGACCGUUUCUUUCUGGGGGGGCCGAACAGUCUGCGGGGGUUCAAGCACCGGGGGGUGGGGCCGUCAGAGCCGCGGCGAAUAUUGGAGGAGCCCAAACCGGGGGCGCCGCCACCCCCCCGGGACGCUCUAGGUGGAGAUUUUGUGCUGUCCGGCGUCGCCGCACUCUCCUUCGACCUGCCCGUCCGACUUUUGCAAGCGCUCAACGUCCAUGGGCACGUGUUCGUGGCAGCCGGCAAUAGCGUAUUGGUCCACGGGGGCCAGCCGCCGGUGUCGGCGAGAGACUUUUUGCGAGGGUUCCGUGCGUCGGCGGGCGUCGGGAUCGUGUACCCAUCACCGAUCGGGCGGCUGGAGAUCAACUACAGUCGGCCCCUGCGCAUUCAAGAAGGGGACAACGCGCAAGCUUUCCAGAUUGGAUUCAACGUGAGUUCACCCUAGAGCCACCGGAAAUAGCAGCCAGCGACAAUGAAAACCUAGGAAUCUAAGCCAGCGUUUCUUUAGCUUCAGGUAAACGGAGAGAAUGAUCGCCUUGGGCAUAUCCACCCAGGCAGCUAAGCGGACCCUCGUUCAAGUUCACAGUCUGAUGUUCGAUUUUGCUUACCCUAGGAUGGCAUGAUGUUUACGUCAGCUUCACUUGAACGACAAAUCAAACUUGCAAAUGAGUUGUCUGUGUUGGAGGGAGGAAAAAGAUGAGCUCCGUCAAAGUCUGAGCUCGCGGCCCGGC